AUGACCAUGCAGAUGGUCUUUUGGCAGCCAAUGACGGUCGAAUUGGGCAUGACCUACGACGAACUCAACGCCGGCGUCUCCUUCAACGUCGUCGGGCUCGCCCUGGGUUGCCUUUGUUUCAUCCCCUUCACGAAGAAGUACGGUCGACGAUCCACCUACAUAUUCUCGACCGCUGUCAUGGCUGCAACCUCCUGGUGGAGCAGCCGCAUGCGUACGGUUCCCGAGAUGUAUAUCACGAAUUUUCUCUUUGGCUUGGCCGGGUCAACGAACGAGACCAUAGCUGAAAUGACUAUUUUGUGCUGGCAGAUUGCGGACCUCUUUUUCGUCCACCAACGCGGUCUGGCGAACGGUUUCUACAUCACCAGCGUCAUGAUCGGCAACUUCCUGGCCCCCACUCUCGCGGGUAUCCAAGCAGCCUCCAUGGGCUGGCGAUGGGCAUACUACACCGUCGGCAUCAUUCUCACAAUCUUGUUUCUCUUAUUUCUUUUCUUCUUUGAAGAGACGAAAUACGUACCCGUGUCUGUUGGGGUUUCGACCGUCGGAGACCCAGACUUGCAGGAAACACAGAACAAGCUGCGAAAGGCAAAGAGCAACGCAACAGCUUCGCCCCCCGCCAACGACAAACAACUCUUCGAGAAGCGUGGCGACCAGGACGUUGAGCAGAUCAUGCCCCCAGUCCCGCCGCCCAACAAGUACCGACAACGAAUGCGGUUCUCCACUCCUAAGGAGGAAUCGUUGCUCUCCACCUAUAUCGCCCCUUUCAAGAUGGCUGUCUUCCCGCACGUUGUCUGCUCAGCCAUACAAUGCGCCAACGCCGUGGCCUUCUUGGUCCUCUUAACGAGCAUAAACUCUAUCGUAUUUGCUGCCCCGCCGUACGACUUCAGCACAGCGGGAGUCGGCCUCAUGCUCAUCAGUCCUUUCAUUGGCAAUAUGAUCGGCAGUGUAUAUGGUGGAAUCUUUGGAGACUGGAUCGUUGUCAGACUUGCACGGAAGAAUCGUGGCAUUUUCGAGCCGGAGAUGAGACUAUAUGUCCUCUUCGUACCGGCACUCCUCAUGGGAGUCGGUGUUGUUAUCUUUGGGAUCACAGAAGACAGAGUAAGUCAUCGUUCUACAUGGGGGUAA